AUGGUUUCACUUUAUCAUGAUUUUCUGAGCUUAUGGAGAGAUAGUUCUUGUUGUGAAAUGGACAAAGAUAAGAGAUGUACUAAAAAUGUUAUAAUAGAAUUCGAUAAGAAGUUGCUGAAAAUUAAGAAAGAAUUAUAUGAUUUUUCAGAAUAUUAUGAUUACGUGAGAAAUAAAUUGUCCAGUGAGAUCCAUAAUAAUAAAGAGUAUUGUGAAUAUACUAAAUAUAUCUUCAAAUUAUACAAUAAAUUAAAUGAAGAAUAUAAAGAAAGGGGAUUAUCACACAGAUAUGAAAAAGAACUGAUCUUUUUUAAUGAUAAAAUUAACAAGGAUUCGAUGUUAACAUUAUUAAAAUCAAAAUGUAAUAUUGAUGAUUCUCUUUUAAGACCCUUCGAAAAUGUUGAAACCUCAAACUUAUUACAACAAAUUCAGGAAAAAAAUGCAACAAGACGCACUAAAUCAUCUAGUGAUAUUGAGUUACUUAAAAAAAUAAAGACUGAAAAGGAUAAUAUAUUAAAAAACUCACCUGCUUAUUUAAUAUACACAGAAUUAGACAAAGAAUUCAAAAACGCUAAUUACAAUAUUACCCGUUGUAAUGCAAUAGAUAACAGCAGAGAACAAAUAAAAACUAUUUGUAAAAAAAUAGUAAGAAAUUUAAAUGAAUUACGAACACUUGAAAAUGUAAAAAAUGAAAGUCAUAGAGACCGUUGUACUUAUUUAAAUUUUUGGAUAUAUAGAGAAUUAAGUAAAUUAUAUAUUAAUAAUAAUGAUAAAGAUAAAAAUAUUUUUGACUUACCUGAGGCUGCUAAACUUCUUAAAGCAGGUAUUGAAAUUAAUAAUGAUUUAAUUAAGGAAGAUUUAAAUAAAAAUUUGAAAUCGCAAGUUUGGACAAAAGAGCCACAAAUCAUUAUACCAUCUUCGAAUGAAGAUAGUUCUAGGGCACAGAAUGCACUACAUCUAGAUAUACCUUCAAUUAAAGCAACUGCAGAAACUCUUACAAAAACAGAACCUAAAUUAAUUCCUUCAAAUCCAGCACCUUCACCAAGUUUUCCAAGUUCAGUAUCUCUAACAAGUAAAGUAAAAACAACACCAUUCAAUAUUAUUAGUUAUAAAGAUUUAAGCAGUUACGAACCUUGUUUUUUAUUUACAAUUGCAAAUUAUCUGAAUGCAUAG